AUGACAUCUCUAUCUCUGUAUACUAUAAUAAUACUUCUCAUAAUGCUCAUUGCCCCUCAAGCUAUCAGCAGUAAGAAAAUCAGUGCUGCUCUCAAUAUUAUCCUUCCGGGACAUGUAGCGGUGGACACACAUAAGUGGAUUUGUGCACCAUUUGCCAAAUCACCAUCAAAAAUGGACACAUCAAUACCAGGAGUUUAUAUUUUCUUCCAAUCCUUCCAACAAAAGGGAAAUACACAUCUUGUUCCAGCAUAUAUUGGGAGCUCAACUUAUAGCAUAUACGAUAGGAUAACGACACAUCAGAGAAAAAAGAUUUUUAUAGAUAAUACUAUAGGAUGGUGCCUCUUCCCUCUCAAACCAAAGGUGGGAGAUCAUAGGUACGACGUAGUGGAUAUAGAGAGCAAGCUACUCUCAAUAUGUAUGACCAUAAUCAACAGUCCUCUACAUGGUGGAGUCGAUGUCUUCAAAUUCGAUACGAACCCCGUCAGCCUCCUCGACGCAUUUGAAGAGUGGUUUAUACAGUAUGACGAAUCACCUCAAACUACGGAUGCGACACCAAUUACUUUUACAGCAGCUCCCAGAUUUAAAUCUGUCGAUACCCACACUCCUCCUGUUGGCAUUGAUUCCAUUGCGCAACUUAAACAAUCUCUGGGACACCGGUCACAUGAAGACGUAGAGACGAAAGAGACGAAAGAGUUAGAUGAAUAUGACGAUGCCGAUGACGAGAAUGAUGAUGAUGAUGAUGACGAUGACGAGAAUGAUGAUGACGAUGACAAUAAUAAUAAUAAUAACGCCAACAACGAGGAGCAUCCCCCAGGAUGUAUGGGCAUGAAAGUAACCGCUGCGUGCGCCAGAUGCAAGGAGAUGAUCAAAUGCAGUUGUCUGGAAAAUAUGAGCGAACUACUAUACGACCGUUCCACACAAAGGUUUUUUGGAAACAGUUUCACAAAUAGACUGAAUGCAGCAAGAGCGAGGAUUCCCAAGAAGCCGAAUAAAUUUAAAAGUAGGCGUGGA